UCUCCCGGCUCCCCAUCUCCGGCGCCCUCUUCUCGGAGCGCCCCCGGACCGCUCUCCGGGGCGCCUGCUGGGAAUUUCCGAGGAGUAGUGGACCGGAGCCGGGGAGUUUCUAGGUCGGGGCGCGAGACACAGGACGGUACUAUGGCUUCCUCGUCUGGCAACGAUGAUGAUCUCACUAUUCCCAGAGCUGCUAUCAAUAAAAUGAUCAAAGAGACUCUGCCCAACGUUCGGGUGGCCAACGAUGCGCGCGAGCUGGUGGUGAACUGCUGCACUGAGUUCAUUCAUCUGAUCUCCUCUGAAGCCAACGAGAUCUGUAACAAGUCGGAGAAGAAGACCAUCUCGCCGGAGCAUGUCAUACAAGCACUAGAAAGUUUGGGAUUUGGCUCUUACAUCAGUGAAGUAAAAGAAGUCUUACAAGAAUGUAAGACAGUAGCAUUAAAGAGAAGAAAGGCCAGUUCUCGUUUGGAAAACCUUGGCAUUCCUGAAGAAGAGUUAUUGAGGCAGCAGCAAGAAUUGUUUGCAAAAGCUAGACAGCAACAAGCAGAAUUGGCCCAACAGGAAUGGCUUCAAAUGCAGCAAGCUGCCCAACAAGCCCAACUUGCUGCUGCCUCAGCCAGUGCAUCUAAUCAGGCAGGAUCUUCUCAGGAUGAAGAAGAUGAUGAUGAUAUCUGAAAUUCACCAGCUGAGUUUCUUUUUCCUCUAUAAAUGUUUUUCCUGCACAACAAAACAGUGAAAGAAAUGCUUAUCUGUAAUUUUGUAUGCAUCUUGGUGGACUUGCCAUUGGUAUUCUAGGGAUGUCUGCUGUUAAGUUUCAUCUGUUGUGUGCUAUACAUGUAAAAAUUGUCUCUUUGAACUAUUGAAAAUUUAAGGUUCAGUAUAAUAUCAAUUUUGAAUUUUUAAUGGUGUUUAUGAAAUUUUAGAUAGCAGUGAGUCCUUUAUUUGAUCAAUAAACAGUAUUACAGAAAACUUCUCAAGUUUAUAAAAAUACAGUGAAAUUUAUACAGAAGCUCUAAAUCUGCAUUUGCAUUUCUUUUGCCCUUUUACAUAAACUAAAAAUUGGGGCUUUUAAAAUUGUUGAGUGGGGGUGCUGUGCGAGUCAUAGACAUUGGAUCAGGUUGGUGAGAAGAGUUCAGUUUAUAGUAUCUGAAUUUAUCUUUUAAAAUGAGUAGGUAUAUGUAUGGGCAAUAAAUAUAUGUGCUCAACUAGAUACACUUUGUUUAGAAAAACCUUACAACAAGACAUUGAAAAACUAAGAAGGAGGAGUAUGUUUAAUAGUAAUUGUAUAAAUUUGGUGGGCUAUGUUUUUUAUUUUGUUUUUGUUUUAUGUAGAGGUAAAAACUAGUUUUAUCACAGCAUAAUUCAUCUUGAGCUACACUAUGACAUUUUAAAGACUGCCCAAUUUGAGGACUGUCGUCAUUCUUACUGUUUCACUCCAAUUCAAUAAUUGUUAAUAAUAUUAUUUGCUUAGUCCAUCCAUACGUAUAUUAUUCAGAUAUAUAGGUGGGAUUUGUGAAACAAUUGCUUGGGUUCCGUUGGUUUAACUGAGAUUCGUGGAUAUUCAGACCUUUUCUGGGAUAAAGAAAUGAGUUAAUGAGCAUACUUGCUACGAGAGAGGGAUUUUCUUUUAAAUUUAACUUGUGGUUGUAGUUUACUUACUGUUUUUAGCAUUACUUUUACAUUUUCUUGACUAGAUGACCUAGAGUCCAGUGCUACCUUUUGAAAUGGCAUUAUUCUCUCCAUCAUAAUUGAGUAAUAGCUUUAAAAAAGAUUGGUUUUAUUUAAGAAAGGAUAUCAUAACUGAUCAGCGCUAUAUGAAUCAUAAAUAGUUUCAACCUGCUUAUUAAAAGAGAGGAUCUUUAAUUUGGUUCCAAUAAAUAAAAUAUGGUAGGGAUUAUAGGUAUCCAGCGUGUUGAAGAAAUGGCGUAGUAUCUAUAUUUUGAAACAGAAAAGUCACUUAAUAUAGUAGGAAGUACUUAAUUCCUAUGUCAGUUGCCAAAUCCUUUAAAUUUAUAUGUUCACCUAGCCCCAAAACAUAUUAUGGCUACCAGGAUUCCAGUUUUAACUGGAGAGAUAAAUAAGCAAAGUUUUAUCAGUAUUACAUUUCUUGGUGAUCAUAUUUUUGUUAUACAUUUAUUAAACACUCCCCCCCAUAUAAUGAAAAGGUUAAUUUUACUGAUGUUUUAAGUUGAAGUUACUUUAUGGAUGUCAUAUCCAUGAAGUGCAUUUAGAUUAGAUAGAAGGAAUUGUACCAAAGGUAGUCUAGUCUAGAAAAAUAAUAAUAAGUGUUGGCUUUUCUAAUUUGUACUGUAACAUUCUUAUACGUAAUAUUUUAAGUAUAUAUGUUUCUUAAGUAAACAACUUAGAUAUUUUUCCACUUUUUUUUUCUGAUGCAGAGUUCAGGUCACUAUUUUACUGCAUCUGAUAAUGUAUUAUAUAUUUGAAGCCUAGUGACUUUUCAUUUUGACAUUCUUGUGAUUUCAUAUGCUGUAUUCUUUAAGCAAUAAAAUUCUGAUGUAUUUUAUAAA